AGUCUACUUCUAUGGGUAUGGUCAUCCUGUUCCACCAUGCAAUGAAGAUCAUCAAUAAACUGGAUGGAAGAAUGAGUUAAUAUUCUCUUCCCCAAGAAUUUCUUCUACUCCAGCAAUAAAACACCUCGCGAUUUCCAUUAUGACUUGCCGCAGCCCCCAAUUUGGUUGCAGACUCUUCAAGGGGAUCUUUCCCUAUCUUGGUAUCUGCAAGAGAGCUUCAGUCCCCGUAGUUUCCAACAAGGGCCAGAUCUCGUUGAUCCAACAGUUGCAUAAGCAUGGAUUAUCUGGCUUUGAGAGGGCCUCGGUAGAACACGAUUUCCAUAAGGCGGGAACUAAAUUGAAAUUUGUACAUCCCAAGAGACUGAUAUCAGAAUCUAAGUCGGAUGCAUUUGAGAGAACUGCCUCUGGAAGAUUAGAGAACUUUGGGGAGAACAUGAAAAGAGAGGAUGGGGUUACUUACAGUUCCUUUGAAGAUGAUGGUUUAUCCAGUAAGAGUUUGCAGAACACAAAGCUGUCUUCUGCAGAUGCGAGUGUCAUUCCUGAAGACGAGGCUGAGGUUUGGGACCAGAACCAGGAAUUGGAGAUUGACAUCCUUGAGGAGACAGAGAACCCCAAGAUCCUUGAACACUUUGCUGACAUACCACUCAUGCCAGAGACAUAUGCCCUUGCCUCGUAUGUGGACCAUUCCGAGACCCUGCAGAAGCUUGUGCGAAUGGGCGUGGACCUUUCCAAGGUGGAGAGCAGGAAAGGGGUGGCCACCAUGCUUAUGAAGAUGGAUUUUGACAGAGACAUAAAGGACAAGCUAUCAUUUUUACAUCACACGGGAGUCCCAGGAGAGCAACUAGGAUCUUUUGUCACCAAGAACCCUUUCAUUCUUGGUGAAGAUGUGCGGAAUCUAGAAGCCAGGGUACAUUAUUUGCAUCAAAAAGGGUUUUCUGAGACUGCCAUUUCCCAGAUUGUUUGUCGUGCCCCUUACUUCCUUAAUUUCUCUGUGGAGAGGAUUGACAACAAACUAGGUUACUUUCAGCAGCUUUUAAGUUUUUCUGAUUCCAAAGUCAGAGAGAUUAUCACCAGGUGUCCCAAGCUGGUCACCAUGAAAGUUUCAAGACCGAAGGAGAAUUUGUUUGUCCUAGAGUUCCAGUGUGGUUUCAGUAAGGUUGCUUUACGCUCCAUGGUCCUCAAAGAACCAGCAAUGAUGCUCAGAGGUAAACAUCGUUUGAUUUCAACUUUUGACUACCUCCACAACGUCUUGGAGAUCCCACACAAGACGUUUCUAAAGUCACCAGAAAUCUUCCUCGGCCAGGUUAACAGGGUCAAGGAUCGACACAAGUAUCUGACAUUGCUAGGACGGAACAAGUAUGAUCCCAAAGAGCCUGGUUAUGUUCCGCUGAUGUCCAUGUUCAAACUACCUGAUGAGGCCUUCUGCAAAGACAUCGCUAGGACUUCACUCGGAGAAUAUGAGAGGUUCUUGAAGACAAGCCGUUCAUGAUGCUUUCAUCAUAGGAAGGCGCACAUCUUCUUAUUCAAAUGGCUUUCCGUAAAAACAUCGCCAGGACUUCAUGAGAAUACAAGGAAUAAGCCAGUUCGAAGUUCCUUUCUGCGCAUGAUCAAAAGAUUCUACGCAUGAUCAGAGGAAGGUCAUUUGUACUAAAGUGAGAUGGUGGUUUAAAAUCUAAUGAGAUAAGCACCAACUUUGAUGUCUUGAUUAUUCAUAUAUUCUUUUGAAUUGUGGUUUUCAUUUACAUCCACAAAAAACAACAAUGCGUCCACGAACGACUGGUAUUUCACAGUUUGCCAAGAACAUUGUGCAACAUGCUAUGAUAUGCAUUCAAAGUAGGAAUGCAACAAAUACCUUCAUAAAGUGUUCAUUGGUGUGCUAUUCUAGUCACCUGGGGGGUGUUUCAUGAAAGUUGUCAGCACUGACUAAAUUGUCAGUGCUGACAAUUUCAGUGAAAUCCUUGGUUUGAUUGGCUGUGAGGCACUUGCCUCUGACUGUUACUAUGGUAACUGUCGGAGAAAGCCAACUUGUCAGUGCUGACAACUUUCAUGAAACGCUCCCCUGGUCUAUUCAAUUUCUUCAUCCUGCUAUGUAAGGCAAGCUCACGUAAUAUUUUGCUUUGAAAUCUGCCUAUCAUAAUGAAAGAAAUGAAAGGUCAUUUGACCAAAAUUGUCCAUGAAGUAACUACGAAUUGGUCUAUUUGUGAAGACCAGCCAUUUGUGAUGCUGUUAACGUGAAACUGGUUUAAUAUAAAAUGCUUCCAUGGUUCAAAUUAUAUGAGGUUUGCUUGCAUGAAAGUUACACUGAUUCCACUCGAUAAAAAUCAAGCCGUUGAAGAUUCACAAAUUAAUGACUCAACUAAACUCAUGAGCCCGUAUUCUGGAGUUGGGUUUAACUUAAACUCAGGUUUAAACUUGUGGUUUAAGUAUGGAUAGCCAAUUGUUAUAUAAAUCACUAACACUAACAGAUAUCAUAUUUCAUCUCAUUUGGCUCUCAUAUCAUUCAUAAUUGUCUAGGAAGUAUAAAUAGAUGAUUGUCUUCACCAUCGAUUAAUCAGGAAAGAGCACAGUAAACAUAAGAAACAUACAACUUUAUGUCUUCUAUUAGUGAUUUAUGUAACAAUUGGCUAUCCAUACUUAAACCACAACUUUGAACCUGAGUUUAAGUUAAACCCGACUUCAGAAUACCCGGCCAUGUAGUUGCAGAAUGCAAUAGUUUCACAUAGAUUUGGAUAAUUGGGUAAACCAGAUUUUUUAAUCCAAUCUAUAAAGCUGAAUAGCGAGCACACUGAAAAUCCAAACACUGUUAAGCACAUGAGGGAACAUCUUAUAUUUUGCUUAUUUCUUGGAAAUUAGUAAUUUUCUCCCAGAAUCAAUUGGAACUUGUGUUUGCAAUGACUUGUCAUUUCUUUGGGCAGUGUUUGAAUCCAAUUUUGAGACUGUUGCAAUAGCUGUUGACAUCCGUUCAGAGAUAUCAAGUUCAAAGACCAGCUAUGCCAGAAAUUUUCUGACUCACACCAGCUCGUAGCCCAAGAUCAUCACACCAGCAACUUCUUAACCCUAAAUAGACUGGGCUACUUUUGACGCCUAAGAAGACUGAGGGGGGGGGGGGGACUGAUUCAGCCCCCCACCUUAUGAUCUCGGCUGUAUAUCGCGUGAUUGCGACGAAAAUUGGCACGUGCGUUACCCAUGGCAUAAUCUCCAAGACUAUAAAAUCAAAUUCUGCCAAAAAUCUCAUUGCUAAUAAAUUAUGCUAAUUUAUGCAUAAAAUCAAGUUUGCUCUAAUUAACUAAAUAAUACCCCUAAAAUGCUAAUUUUUGGUACACGGACUCUUUAUAGGGAUUUGAUCAAAUGUACAAAAUUUCAGCAUCACCUUUAUUUUCUUAUGUAUUUUAUUGUUUUCUACAUUUCUUAUGUAUUUCUUUUUUAUUGUUUUUUCAAUGAAAAUUAACAAGGUUUUUAUUUUGACCAUAAACAAGAUGGAAUUGAUUUUAAUCAGUAAAAGGGAAAAUAAUUGAUGAAUUUUGGCUAACACUAUUUGCAUUGGAUUUGUACACAAAUUCACGUUUUUGAGUAAUUUUGGGUCUGCAUGCACUUACAAAAUGCUGCGUAAUUUCGGAACCGCGUGUCACAAUUUUGGAAUCAAAAGUUGCGCAAGACUUGAAAGUAAAAAGUCAGCAAAUGACGCGAUCAAAAAAAUCUGCGCGGCGGAUUUAUCAUGAAAAAUUUAGAGGGGGGGGGGGGCUGAUUCAGCCCCCCCAGUCUUCCCAAGACACGUGUAGCAUAUGGUACGCGAGCUUUCUCUGCCUCAGCACCUUCCCUCUGGAAUAAUUUGCCGUUGAAUGUAAGAAUUAUACCAUCACUGGAGACCUUCAAAUCUAAACUGAAGUCUUAUUUUUCUAACUUUAGUUAUUGGCACUUUGACACUCGUCCAAACUUUCUCAUUCUUUUUUUUAUUGUGCGCCUCGGAAUAGAAUAUUUCCAGAUAGAUGGCGCCAUAUAAAUGCCUAUUAUUAUUAGUAUUAAUUUAUAUGGGGAUAGGAUGUGAUACAUAUUUGAGGGGAUAAGCAAGAGUCCCUAAUCCGGUAGUCUUGUGCAUCAUAUGUGAGACUUUGCAUGUCUGAACUGUUGAACAUUACCCAUUGCUUCCGGGAUGGAGUUGAAGUAUGAUCUUCUUCUUGUCCAUUAAAAAAUAUUCUGGAUCUUGUUUUAUCAUGAAAGUUUUUUGCUCCACGAUGUGCAACAGACUCAAGAACACAGAAUAUGUAUUGAAAAUGUCUGUCAAGUGACAAAGAACAGCUGUUGGGUCAGGUGUUUGUUGAAAAUUGGAGAACAGGAACAGCAGUUCUGUCCUUAAGUUUUGGAGCCGACGGAAAAUUUCAAUUAAUCGUUUGUCAAGAGUCUGGGGCGAAACUACCAUUUUGAUUCACUAAU